AUUAACUUUUCUGAUCGCUAAACCGCUACCUUUCGUUACUAAAAAGUUGUUAUUUCAAUGAAAUUACUGUUAAAAUCAUCCCACGUGUUUGUAUUUGAGUUUAUAUAUAACAAAUAUAUACUGUGAUACAUGCACAAUAUAUGCACAGCAUUGAUUCGGGCUCAAAUGGGGCAUGGAGCGAGCACGAACGUGAAAAAACUAACGAUAAAUCAGGCAGGUCAGGACAUCAACGACGAUAGACCGCCGAGCGGUAAGAAGAAGAGUCGGGCCAGGGCGAGGAAUUCAGAGGAACACGCAAGGGCCGGGUCAGCCGAGAGGCCCGGGAAAUCUUCACCAACCAACCUCGGUUGGACAAGGUCUAAUUCUGAUGGGUGCAUCGUUGAGAAUCUAAACACAAGUAAAACAAAGGCUGAACUACUAGAGCAGCAAGUUGAUGAGUACAAGGAACUCUUCCACCAUGCUGAGCAGAAAGCUGAAACUGCCGAGGCCCAAGCCAAGCUGCUGGAGCAGCAGAUGGCCGAGGUGGAGGGUGCCAACUUUGACCUCCUUGAUCGGGUAUCGGGGCUUGAGCAACAAAUUGAAGAAAUGAAAGACCAGACUUCACCUGAGGCCGAGAGGGAAUAUUCUGAGACAGUCGACGAACAAAAUCAAACCAUCGAAAAACAUGAACAGCAGAUUAAGAGUCUGGAAGAAGAUCUUGCGAAAAUGCGUGUUAAACUGAAGAAGAGGCUCCGUAGUGCACAGACGGAGUUGGCAGAAGCAAGACAAGAGGCGGGACUAAAGAUGUACAGUCUCAAAGAUGAAAUCGGGAAACUGCAGGAAGAGAAUGCUAAACUCGUUGAGCAUCUUGACAGAGCACAUGCCGUGUCUGGCGCCCAGAGCGGGCAGAGUAGUGCAGCCGCUGCCAGAAAUCACAUCAUCGUGGAGACGCCGAAGGAAGCUGCUGAGGAUGACGAAGAGGAAUGGGAAGACGGUCGAACCAAAGUCAUCUUGGAGCUGUCGAGUCAACUCAGCGCCCAGGACCAAAGAAUCUGUGAACUUGAAGAAGCAAUGAAGGAGAAGGAUAAAAUUAUAAGUGCUCUUCAGAGAAAGGGAAGUGCAAGACCUCCCAGUGGAUCCCGAGGGAUAUCAGGGAGUGCUGGGAGGAGGACAGUGGUUGAUUCUGUGGAUGGUGAGAAUGAGGCGUCUUCGUCACGGAGAGAGCGGCAGUCCUCUGCCUCGUCUUCCAAGGGUAGAGAAAGUCAUCGUAGCUGUUCUGGAUCAGUCAGAGAGAGAACUGGUUCCUCAGGGAAGCAUAGAUCGAUUCCUGAUAAACUCACUUGCAAUGAUGAUGAAGGAAUGUCUUCUUCGAGUCAAGGUACAAGAACAGUCAGAUCUGCCGGGAGCUCUUCAAGUGGUAAAGUCAGACAGCAGUCAGCCAGUAGUUUAGACUCGGCAAUAUCGGACCAUAGUGAUUCGGGCAGUACCAAGGUGUCGUCCGCUGGCUCCAGUCGACAGAGACGAAGGAUUCGCAAACAGCUAUCGAGGGAAGUCUCAACGGAGAAGACUGACUCGUUGGCUGCGUCGAGUAAACAUUAUUCUGAUGUCAGAGUAGAGGGUAGAGACUCUGGGAUUGGGGUUGCUAGUGACAAAUCCAAAUACAGCGAAUUAGACCAAAUGAUGGAAGACAUCAUUGGAAACAGUUGAUGAAAAAAGUAAUGAACAAAAUACUUGUGUGUAUAAGACUCUGUGAAGAAAUAGUUUUUAUGGUCAUCAACGAUUUUGAAAUAAAUAUCUUGAGGCUUUGGAGGGUGAAGUAUCGGUCCUGAUUUACAGUGUCAUGGUCGAGUCGUGUUGUACACUGGACUAAAAGUUCUGGUUGCUGAGGCAUACUUGGAAUCCAAGUCAUGGCACUUUUGGUCUUCAGCAAGACCCUUGAUUACUAUUCGUCAGCUCAGUGCUACAUGUUUAUGGUUGUUGUUUUUGUUUUCAUGUCCGUCCAAAGAUGAAAGGGUCUUUUACAUUAAAAAUGCAUUUGAUCUCAACAAAAACAAAAAACUCUUCAAAUAAUUGUUUUACUUAGUAAAUGAGUCUUUCUCUUUUGCGAAUUAAAUAUCUUGAAGACCACUCUUAAACAAGAUCACAGGAGCUCCAAAAUAAGCAAACCUUUUUGUAUAAAGUCCAUACAAACUGCACCAUUGACUUCAUAGUCCUGAUGAGACUAUGAAUUGCUUCUCUGUUCUCUUCUUAAACCAGGGGUGAAUGGGUACCUUCGAGGAAAGUGGUGGCUUUUGAUUGAUAAUCUAGGUGUAUUACAUACUUGGAAACAGGCUGUAUACUCCGGAGGGAGCGGAGACCGUUUAUUUAGUUAAAUGAAUGGCCUAGUAAGCAUUGUUUGAAACUUUGCAAUGUGUGGAUAAAUAGGAAGAAACUAUGAAUAAAUAGUGAACUUGUGGGUACAACU